AUGACGCUUAAUGCUCACGAAAACACCGUUCUCGUGGCGCCUCGCCCAGUGCGACUAGCUGCUCCCACUCCUUACUCGCACUUCCGUUCUCCAGUUCAUCGUCCUCGCCCGCACACCCCAGCUUCAAGCGUUCGUCUUGUCUCUACUCCUGCCGAUGCCUUCGAUCGCCUCAAGCUGGGAGAAGAUCCAGCAGACGGGGACUCCAAAUAUCCCGACUCCUGCGACAGAGACUCUGUAUCUCCUCGCGCUUCUCCUCGGUCCAACCUCCCCUCCGAGGCCUUGGAAGAGUUCUUCUCCAUCCUGAACUCGUCCACCCUUAUCUUCCCGCCCGCGCCUACCUCACCCAUCCUCCGCGCCACCAAUACCAACGCGUCGCACUCCUUCUUCUCGUAUCGUCGUACGCCUUCGUCGAGUAUCAGCCCUUCUUUACCAUCCGAAGGGCUUGGAUUGACCCUUGUUGAUCCUGCUGACGAUUUACGGAAGGACGGGGAGCCUGUGGCAUAUCCAUUCAAGCUGCUGGCUUCGAAUGCUCUAGCCUCGCCGGUGUCGCGCAUGCACACUCGCAAUCCCUUCCAGCGCCAUCCGUCGUAUGACAGUGCUGUAAUUUUCCGUCCGCCAUCAGCUUCACCCUCCCCCUCUCCCUCUCCGAUGGCUACUGCUCUCUCUCCUGCAGCGAUUCCACUCCCAUUGCCCACGCCUGACGAAGUUAUGGAGUCGGAGAUGGUGUCUUAG